GGCGGGAGGCGCUGCGAGGCGCUGCUGGCCCUCGGGGCUGCGGGAGCCGGGCUAGGACGCCGAGCGGUGACUCCCCGCCGCUCCCGGGGGCCGUGACGGAGAUGCCUACAUAGAAGAGUGACAGCAGCUGGACUAAAUGUUUCACUGCUGAACUAGUUCCUCAGGUAUCCUGGCUCUAGAGAUUGCUAUGGGAGAUUGGAUGACUGUUACAGAUCCAGGUCUGUCUUCAGAAAGCAAAACUAUCUCUCAACAUACCUCAGAAACAAAGAUGUCUCCAUCAAGUUUAUACUCACAGCAAGUGCUAUGUUCUUCAAUACCUUUAUCAAAAAAUGUGCACAGUUUUUUCAGUGCCUUCUGCACAGAAGAUAAUAUUGAACAGAGUAUUUCAUAUCUUGAUCAGGAAUUGACUACUUUUGGUUUUCCUUCAUUAUAUGAAGAAUCCAAAGGUAAAGAGACAAAGAGAGAAUUAAAUAUAGUAGCUGUUUUAAAUUGUAUGAAUGAGCUGCUUGUGCUUCAGCGGAAGAACCUUCUAGCUCAGGAAAAUGUGGAGACGCAGAAUUUGAAGCUGGGAAGUGAUAUGGACCAUCUACAGAGCUGCUACUCAAAACUUAAGGAACAACUGGAAACCUCCAGGAGGGAAAUGAUUGGGCUUCAGGAGAGAGACAGACAGUCACAGUGUAAGAACAGGAAUUUGCAUCAGCUACUAAAGAAUGAGAAAGAUGAGGUACAAAAAUUACAGAAUGUCAUUGCAAGUCGAGCUACUCAGUAUAAUCAUGAUAUGAAGAGAAAGGAGCGUGAAUAUAAUAAACUGAAGGAACGUCUACAUCAACUUGUUAUGAACAAGAAAGAUAAAAAAAUAGCUAUGGACAUUUUGAAUUAUGUUGGUAGAGCUGAUGGAAAAAGAGGCUCCUGGAGGACUGGUAAAACUGAAGCCAGGAAUGAAGAUGAAAUGUAUAAAAUUCUCUUGAAUGAUUAUGAAUAUCGUCAGAAACAAAUCCUAAUGGAAAAUGCUGAACUUAAGAAGGUUCUUCAGCAGAUGAAAACGGAAAUGAUUUCUCUUCUUUCUCCCCAAAAGAAGAAACCCAGGGAAAGAGUAGAUGAUAGUACAGGAACUGUUAUCUCUGAUGUUGAAGAAGAUGCCGGGGAACUGAGCAGAGAGAGUAUGUGGGACCUUUCCUGUGAAACUGUGAGAGAGCAGCUUACCAACAGCAUCAGAAAACAGUGGAGAAUUCUGAAGAGUCAUGUAGAAAAACUUGAUAACCAAGUUUCAAAGGUACACCUGGAAGGUUUUAAUGAUGAAGAUGUGAUCUCACGACAAGACCAUGAACAAGAAACUGAAAAACUCGAGUUAGAAAUUCAGCAGUGUAAAGAAAUGAUUAAAACUCAGCAACAGCUUUUACAGCAGCAGCUGGCUACUGCAUGUGAUGAUGAUACCACUUCACUAUUACGAGACUGUUAUUUGUUGGAAGAAAAGGAACGCCUCAAAGAAGAAUGGUCCCUUUUUAAAGAGCAGAAAAAGAAUUUUGAGAGAGAAAGACGAAGCUUUACAGAAGCCGCUAUUCGCCUGGGAUUGGAGAGAAAGGCAUUUGAAGAAGAAAGAGCCAGUUGGUUAAAGCAGCAGUUUUUAAAUAUGACUACCUUUGACCACCAGAACUCAGAAAAUGUGAAACUUUUCAGUGCCUUCUCAGGAAGUUCUGAUCGGGACAGUCUUACAGUGCACUCGAGGCAACCGCCAAAGAAGCCUCACAGUACGUCUAAUGGGUCUCCAGUUUGCAUGUCUAAACUUACUAAAUCUCUUCCUGCUUCACCUUCCACUUCAGACUUUUGCCAGACACGUUCCUGCAUAUCUGAACAUAGUUCAAUCAAUGUACUGAAUAUAACUCCUGAAGAUACUAAACCAAAUCAAGUUGGAGGAGAAUAUACAAAUCAGAAAUGGAGUGUGGCAUCAAGACCUGGAUCACAGGAAGGUUGCUAUAGUAGAUGCUCCUUGACCUACACAAAUUCUCAUGUAGAAAAAGAUGACUUACCUUAGACAUGUGGACUGGGAUUUUUUUCAUUAACAUAUUCAUCAAAUUUCACAUCUAAGUUGAAACAGGGUGUGUCAUAAAGUCAGUUAUCUCUAGUAACUUAA